AUGUAUAUAAGCCAUGUAUUAUGUAACACUGCAAAAAAUAUUUUUCCACAUUUAUCAAAAACAGGUAAUAAAAAAGCAGAAAAAAAAAAAAGAAUAACAGCAAUGUCGCAGUUUACAGAAUUUUACAGUAAAGUGUGUGUUGCUGGAAGCGUAAAAUUUGUCAUCGACGAAGCAAGUAAAGAAGAAAUUAGCUUGUCAGAAAGUGACCAUUUUUCUCGCAACCUAGCAACGAUAUUAGCAAGAGAUAGUGAAGUGGUAGCGGUUAACUUGAAAAUUUUACCCAACAAGUGUAGAAUUUACAUUUCAAAGAACAGUAGAUGGCUUGAUGGAGAUGUUAAAUAUAUCGACAAAAUUAAAGGACUCAUGACAAAUUUGUCUAAAGAUGCUCCCAUGAAAUUCGUACAAGCAACUGAAAGAGAGGAUGUGCCUUAUUUAAUUCUUAAUGUAUUUGAGUACUGUUCUGAGAAGUUAAGACGUAGAUUGGACAAACUUAAGAAAGAUAUAAGGAAUAAUAAAGAUGAAUCAUAUACUAAAUCUUUCCUAGAAUUCCUAGAAGCUUCUGAGAUUAAUGUUGGUAAUCUAGAUUGGAUUGAUGAAUACGAAAUGGCCAUGACUUGUUGCGAGUAUUAUAAAAAAAAUAAAAACGACGAAAAUUAUCCGCAAAGAUUCUUAGGACACAUCAAAAAAGUGGGAUCCUAUUCUGCAUCUGUGAUGGAUAUUGUUAAUUGUGCACGUAAAGGAAAGUAUAAAACAUCAUUUUCUAAUACAGACUUGCAUUUAUUGGAUCCUAUUCAUGUCGAUCAACCCAUAUCUCCAUGGAAUGAUAUUAUCAAAGAGUUUAUUCCUAAUCAAAAGAAUCUUGAAGAUUUCAAGAAAAAUUGUUUAAAAAAUUAUGAAACAAGGAGGAGAAUAAACAAGAUAUAUGGUGGCACAGGUAGACAAUUGGAUCAUGAAACAACUAAUCACAUGUAUUUACAUGCAGAGUUGAACAUAUUGACCAACACUGACAAAUUAAGCAAGAAACAUAAUGAUGAGGUAUUACCUCAUCAGUGA